CUGGUUUAGAAAGGUGAAAUGUUCAGGCUGAGAGUUGACCGUCACGCGACGCCUGCUCGAUUGGCUUCAAUGUUGUAUUAGCACUCUGUUUAUAUUUAUAUAUAUAAUCCCCCCCUUCCCAAAAACGCAUGCUUAUACCUCAAAUGAUAAAGCAAGGUUUAGUUUAGUUUAAUUUGCACGAGGAUGUAUUUCAAAACAUGGCUUUCCUUGUUCGGAAGCUAUAGCUAACAAUGGCUAGCUAGAUGUUAACGUUAGCAAAUGUGGCUAAUGUUAUUUAGAUAAAGCUGGACUUGCCCAAUUAUGUUUUGCUAACUAUAACCAAAGCACUGGUCGAUGUUUAUAUAUGGAAAUAAAGGUGAGGUUAGCUAGGGUGAUGGAGUAUGCGAGUCUGGAGGUCGGUGUUUAUGCCUUAAUGUGUUGUGUAAUUGUACAGGUUUGCUUAUUAUAAGGCUCAGAGAAGACGCUAGCAGCGAAAGGAAAUGCAAUUUUAAACACCAGAUCUUUCUUCUAGCUUAAGAUUUGUAUCGUGGCCUGGAAAAGGAAAGCAAAACUAAUCCGCUUUCUUUCGUUGUAAAGUCAGCAGUCGUGCUUAUUAAUGUGGAUAAACGGAGGUGUAGCAAAGUUUUUAUUUAUAUAUAUCGCACGUUUAAUGCUUAGGAAGCCAUUAAUAAUGAUCUGAAGGAGAUUAGAUCCAGUUAGACGGUCCAUAUAUUUCUACGUAUUUAACUAGUGUUGUGACAGUUCCUGCGCAUGCGCACUUCGAAGCGCGCCUUGAUAAGUGAUAUUUUUUUGCUUCUACGUAGAAUUUUUUUUUCAUUUGCUCAAGAGAAUAUGCUGAUAAUGUUGUCAUGUUCUGGUAAGGUGAUAAAGGUGACGUGAACUAGAUUCUGGGAUGACCCUAGGCUGGGGCAGUUUGAUGGAGAGAGGACAAAAUCGUUAGAACACCGGCAAGCUCAUUUUGCAUAUUCAUGAGGAUGCAAAUAGGCCACGCCCCCUUUCGCCCUCUUGCCAUCUGAAAUAGGCUGAUAAGAGAUGGUAAGAUUGAGCUCGUUUAAAGGAGUCUUAAUGGUUUAUUUUACAAACCUUUCGCAAUAUAUCGUCACCUUAAGCUUGCGUGUCACGGCUCGCAGGCUGUGUGACUUCCUGCGGUCACACCAGCAAGCCACAGGUGACCAUUUAUUUUCUGUGUAUCGUGAUUUCAGUGACCCAUGAGGUUUUCUCGGCUGUACAUCGUAAAGCUCUAUGAAGCAACAACUGCGUUGAAUGAUCUCUAAUCCUGUGGUGUGUGUGGUCUGCCGUGUCUUGUGUUCCCCCAAUAACCUUAGUUCCUACCUGCGGUUAGUUCUUGUUUACUGUUUGGCAUGUAAAAAUGAUAAAAAGCCUCGUAACUGUGGAGAAGAAAACGUUGCUUCCUGCAGCGAGUGUUUGCAGCUAGUAAAGUUUAAAAAAGCUUUGCUAAUCUGCCAACCAGGCAUCUUGGUAUGUAACGUGUAAAACAAACAACAGGUUCUCAGUCCGAUUAAUGUGUUAUUGAAUAUGUGUUUCACUGAAAACCAAAAGCACCGGACAGUCCGUUCCCACAAGGCGAAAAGCGGUGACCCGUCGCUCGCUAGCGUGAACACGGGGUAGAAUGUCACUGCCUAAUGAUUUGAAUAUCAGAUGUGAGCAGACGAUAGUCACAAAGCCUAUUCCGUGACAACAUAACCUGAGCUCAUGCAUAAGACGUCCAUCUAAAAUAUAUGUAUUGUCUUUAUAAUUGGAAUCAAAUAUCCAAUAAAAGGAAAACCAAAUUGUUGUUAAGGAUAACGUGCCUUAAAAUCAGGUUACAGACAGCCGUGCUGUGUUCACACGAUUACCUCAUGACACUAUCUCCUUAUGUUGGAGAGGAAUUUGUGAGGUCUGUAAGCUAACAGAGCCAGGGCCGAUAAGGUGUGUGGUUUCUUUUUUUUUUUUUCCCUGUUCAUUCGAUGCAUUUACUUUAUCUGUGCCGAAGUGGAUUUUUUUUUUCCAUGUCAUGUUAACUUCCCUAACCUUUGCUCGUGGUUUACAACAUCGUACACACUCCUGUAUUAGAAAAUGACUCCGUGUUUCACCUCUCAGCGUUUAAAGCUAACAUUCCUCAGUAGUCAGAUUCGGGGAGCGUGUUAAUCUUCAGGAAAUAAGAUUUGUAUAGAUGACUUGGUGCACCGGCACUGCAGCCAUGUUGGCGUCGAGCCCGUGAGCAAGCCUCCGUGCCUCAAGGCUCCAGGCCUUUCCCGGGCCUCCGUCUGAGCCUUCAUCUUCAUAAUUAUCAUCAUCAUCAUCAACAGCAGCAUGUCCAGCUCGGGCUACCCCCCCACCCAGGGGAGCUUCAGCAGCGAGCAGAGCCGCUAUCCAGCACACUCAGUACAGUACACCUUCAGCCCCGCACGCCAUCCACCGGAGUUCACAGUUCCAGAGUACCGUAAUGCUCACCUACAGGACCAGCAGCAGCGUCGCCGACCGUCUUUGCUGUCAGAAUUUCACCCUGGAACCGAGAGGCCUCCGGAGCGCCGACACGGCUAUGAGCAAACUUUCCACACGAUCACGGCCCAGCAGGACCACGAGGCAGUGGACGCCAAGCGUCCCCGCAUUGAAGGCGCCACCGAAGCCCACCUGGCCCGUGCACCAACCACAAGCAUCGUCCUGCCGAUACCCCACACCGUACAGGAUGGGCUGAGAACCCCAGGGGAGAUCAAGAAGGAGACUCAGUUCAGUGUGAAGCUGGAGUCCUCAUCCCCCGGAGGAGGGAUUCAGGCCAUGGGGGAGGAGCAGGACACGUCUCCUUCCAAGCUCUCCAAAGAGGAGCUGAUCCAGAGCAUGGACCGUGUGGACCGCGAGAUUGCCAAGGUUGAGCAACAGAUCUUUAAACUCAAGAAGAAGCAGCAACAACUGGAGGAGGAAGCGGCAAAGCCGGUGGAGCCGGAAAAGCCAGUGUCUCCUCCCCCUGUGGAGCACAAACACCGCAGCAUCGUCCAGAUCAUCUAUGACGAGAACCGGAAAAAAGCAGAGGAGGCCCACAAAAUCUUCGAAGGACUCGGCCCUAAAGUCGAGCUGCCCCUGUAUAACCAGCCGUCAGAUACUAAAGUCUACCACGACAACAUUAAGACGAAUCAAGUGAUGAGGAAGAAGCUGAUUCUGUUUUUCAAGAGGAGGAACCACGCACGCAAGCAGAGGGAACAGAAAAUCUGCCAGCGCUACGACCAGCUGAUGGAGGCGUGGGAGAAGAAGGUGGAGCGGAUGGAGAACAACCCACGGCGCAAGGCCAAGGAGAGUCGCACUCGCGAGUACUACGAGCGCCAAUUCCCCGAGAUCCGCAAGCAGCGCGAGCAGCAGGAGCGCUUCCAAAGGGUGGGACAGCGAGGGACAGGGCUGUCCGCCACCAUAGCGAGGAGCGAGCACGAGAUCUCCGAAAUCAUAGACGGCCUCUCGGAACAAGAGAACAACGAGAAGCAGAUGAGGCAGCUAUCGGUCAUCCCUCCCAUGAUGUAUGAUUCGGAGCAGAGGCGUGUGAAGUUUAUCAACAUGAACGGACUCAUGGAUGACCCCAUGAAGGUCUACAAGUCUCGGCAGUUCAUGAACGUCUGGACCGAACAUGAGAAGGAGAUUUUUAGGGAGAAGUUUGUGCAGCACCCAAAGAACUUUGGCCUUAUUGCCUCUUAUCUUGAACGAAAGUGCGUCUCAGAUUGUGUACUGUAUUACUACUUGACCAAGAAGAGCCAGAACUAUAAGACACUGGUCCGACGUAACUAUGGCAGCCGACGAAGGAGGAACCAGCAGAUAACGCGGCCCUCACAGGAAGACAAGACCGACGACAAGACCGAGGAGGACAAGUCGGAGAAAUUAGACAAGAAAGAGGAAGACGAUAAGAAGGACGAGGAGGAGAAAGAUGAAAAAGAGGAGUCGAAGGACAUUAGCAAAGACAAAGAGAAGUGUGAGGGAGAGGACGAGGAGGGAAAGGAGCAGAGCACGCCACGCGGCCGCAAGACGGCUAACAGCCAGGGACGGCGUAAGGGCCGAAUCACCACGCGCUCCAUGGCCAACGAAGCUGCUAGUACUGCUACCGAGGAAGCACCAGCACCACCCCCACCACCGCCUCCAGCACCUGAACCUGUUUUACCAGAGCCUGUCCCUCCUCCCAAACCAGAGCCAACACCGAAGCCAGCACGCGAACUGGCUAAGCUUGCUCCUGUGACCACCAUGGACAGCCAAGCACGAGGAGCUGUAGAGGCCGGAGAGACGUCUCGCUGGACAGAGGAAGAGAUGGAGGUCGCCAAAAAAGGUGGCGCUGCUACGUUUCCUUCAGUUGGUGUUCCCACAUCCCCUUCAGGUGGCGCUGCUACGUUCCCUUCAGUUGGUGUUCCCACAUCCCCUUCAGGUGGCGCUGCUACGUUCCCUUCAGGCGCUACUCCAUUUGAUUCAGCACUACUGGGCUGUUCAUUCAGGCUGGUAGAGCACGGCAGGAACUGGCCAGCCAUCGCUAAGAUGGUGGGCACCAAGAGCGAGGCGCAGUGCAAGAACUUCUACUUCAACUACAAGAGGCGACACAACCUGGACGACCUGCUGCCUCAAGCCAAACAGGCAACCAGACGCUUGCGUGAGCGAGAUGCAUCUCAGUGCGACAGUGUGGCCACAGUUUCAGCCGAUGACGACGAGGAGAACCCAGACGACAGUGACGGUGCAGAUAACACUUCGGACACAGAAAGCGCACCAUCGCCUUCUCAGUCUGAAACGUCCAAGCCCUCCGAGUCACAAGCUCAAGCCCCGGAUCAGGAAGCUGCUAACCCAAAAGUCCCUAAUGCAGAUACCAAAGCUCAGGAGACCCUCAAUGAGCUGCAGGUGAAGCUGGAGAAAAGUCCGGAAGGAGCAGCGGUGGUGGACGAAUCCAUGGUUAAGGACGAGGCCCAGCUGCACCCUAAAAGUGAACCUCAGGACACAGAAACUACAGGAGGAGACCGGGGAGAGGUGCAAGUAAAGACCGAGCCGGAACUGAGGGAGAAAGAGAAGCAGAGCGAGCAGCCGCAUUCAGACAACGACUCGAGUGCCACCUGCAGUGCUGAUGAAGAUGUUGAUGCAGAGCCAGACAGACAGAGGGUGUUUUCUCUGGAGAAGCCGUCGAUUCUCGGAAGCUCUGGGUCAGUGGUAGUCACCUCGGGCAAGCAGACUCCGCUCAGUAUGCAGCAGCUUCAGCAGCGCGCUGCCACCAUCCCCCCCAUGGUCAGUCCCCCUAGUUCCCUCCUUCACUUCCCUAGCAGCUCUGCACCCCUGGUCAGGCCCAGGGACUGGGAGAGGCUCGGGCACAGAGCCUCACCCCGGCCACUCCGCCACGUUGCGGGUCCAUUCGGGGCGACCGGUGUUCCUCUGAGCGGCUUGACCAUGUUCCAGCACCAGAUCAAAGCUGUACACGAAUCUGCGCAUAUGGAGGACAGCCAGAGACAAGAAGUUGGAGAGGUGGAGCGUAGACCGCGAUUCAUCGCUCCCAGCCCCACUGUCAUCGACCGAGAUGGUAAGCCGUUUCCCUACAUGCCAUACGAUAUAAAGCUGAUGGAGCAGGAGGCUCACGCUGCAGGAAGACCCGGUUCACCCUACAGACUGUCUCCACGAGAGCCAAGCAAAGCAUCGCCCCAGCCCGAGCCCAACAACUCUGCACGCUACAGCGUCCCACCAGUCCUGCAGCCCGCGCCUAACCAGCUGGUCCAGAACCUUCCAGAAGGAAUGCGUGUGCCGUUUGCCCGCCACAGGCCCUCCAACAUUCCGUCCCCGCCUCCGCUCAUCCCUACGUCCAAACCCUCGGACAAGCCCACCUUCAUCCAGGGAGGAUCCAUUUUACAGGGAACGCCAGGCACGUAUCUGCCCUCACACACUCAUGCCAUGUAUGGGCCAGAGGGAGCUAAGAGCACUGGAGGAUCCAUCUCUCUCGGUCUGCCAAGACAGCAGGACCUUGCCAAGCCUGUGACCUAUAUAAAGCAGGAGGAAUGUUCACCGCGUGGGCAAAGUGCUCAGGCUGAAGGGCUGCUCUCCAGGGCACAGUAUGAAGGAGUAGUCCGAGGGGGGCCGAUCCCCAUCAUCCAGGACCUGGCAAGAGGGCCUACUGGAAAAGGCCCUGAUGGACAUCCCUUAAGAGCAGGAUCCAUCACACAUGGCACCCCAGCUCUCCCUCAGUCCAGCAUACCGGCAGAGCUGCUGAAGAGCAAGCUGACUGCUGAGGACCUAAGCAGUCCAGAGAAGGGCCGAGGCGAACCGCUGCCUAAAGGUCACGUCAUUUAUGAGGGCAAGAGUGGCCACAUCCUUUCAUAUGACGAUUUUAUGUCCACAGCCACUAAAAACCCCAGAGAAGGUACUCGAAGCCCCAGGAUAGGACAUGAGUUGAAACGCACAUAUGACAUGAUGGAGGGAACCAGAGGACAUCCUGGAAGGGAGGCAGCACCUUUUGAAGGUUUGAUUAGUAGGGCACUGCCCAGAGAUGGCCCACACCCCGACUCCAAGGAGAGGCCUAUACUCGCAGGCUCCAUCAUGCAAGGGACACCCAGAACCGCCGCAGACGCUUUUGACGAGGCCAAGUAUGGUAAGCAGAUCAAGAGGGAAAGUCCACCGAUUCGCUCAUUUGAAGGAGGAAUCACCAAAGGCAAGCCCUAUGAGGGUGUGAACACUAUCAAAGAGAUGGGACGCUCCAUUCACGAGAUUCCCCGUAAGGAAGUCCCAGAGAGCCGUAAGACCCCUGUCUUGGAAGGAUCCAUUACUCAAGGCAUCCCUCUGAAGUAUGAGAGCAGCAGCGGCGCCAGCCAGUCUACCAUCAAGCACAAUGUUAAGUCACUUCUUACCAGCCCGGGCAAGCUGGAAGACUCCAAAGUACAAGAACGUGUGCGACACACAUCAGUCGUCAGCUCGACAUCAGUGCUGCGCUCCACACACCAGGAGGCCAACAAGGCUCAGCUCAGCCCGGGGAUGUACGAGGACCCGAACGCACGCAGGACACCCAUCUCCAGAGGAUCGCCUCUGCUGCGGGCACAAGACGGUACAACACCUCAUACAUCUACCUUCAACUUCUUAUGGGGAGGCAUAAGUGCAGGAAAGCCUGUGUCCCAUGAAAGAAAAAGCACGCUGACUCCAACCCAGAGAGACAGCGUCCCUGCCAAGUCUCCUGUACCUGGAGGCGAGCCGCUGACCUCUCACGGCACAUUCGACCCGCAUCAGGUGUACCGAUCCCACCUGGCACCUCAUUUAGACCCAGGUCUUUUCCACCCAGCUUACAUGUUCCAACGGCAGCCGUCUCCCACCGGCUUCCCUAACACCUACCAACUGUACACCAUGGAGAACACUCGACAGACAAUCCUGAACGACUACAUCACCUCGCAGCAAAUGCAGGUCAUCCCUCGGGCCGAGGUCGCCAGAGGCCUGUCGCCCAGGGAACAGCAGAUCGCCAUGCCGUACCCUGCUGGAGCCAGAGGUAUAAUUGAUCUAGCCCAGAUGCCUCCCACCAUCCUGUUGCCUCACCCUGGGGGGGCAGGUUCCCCUAAUCUGGACCGCAUCACGUACCUCCCUGGACCUCAGCCCCCUUUUCCUAGGGUUUUCAACCCAGCCUCCAUAUCUCCAGGACACCCUGCACAUCUCGCAGCCAGUGUGGAGAGGGAGCGAGAGAGGGAACGAGAACGUGAAAGAGAGAGGGAGAGGGAUCGUGAACACAGAGAACGGGAGAAAGAGAGGGAGAAGGAGCGAGAGAGGGAGAGGGAACGAGAACGGGAGAGAGAGCGCGAGCGCAUGGUAGUAGCUAACGAAUACAUCCGUGGAGCUCCAGAGCAGCCUGGCAGGCCUGGUAGCCGUGGUUUCUUGCGUUCUCCAUCCCCUUCGAUGAGGUCGCAGGAGAGUGUCGUCCAGCAGAGGCCCAGCAUCUUCCAGGGCACAAAGAGUGUCAUCACUCCUCUGAUCAGGCAGAUUUCCCCUGCUGCUGCCUCUGCGCAGACUUCAUCCCGCUACAACACAGCCGCAGACGCGUUGGCCGCGCUGGUAGACGCCGCUGCCUCCGCACCGCAGAUAGACGUAGCGAAGGUCAAAGAGGUUAAACACGACGCCAUCGGCGUCCGCGACGACGAGGUGAGCCCCUCACGUUCCAUGUCACUUCCUCCUGGGAAACCACCACUUCCUGGAUAUCCAGACGGAGGAGGAGGAGGAGGGGCAACAAGUGGCAAAGAUAAACCACCUCCCACUAAGUCUCGCAUAGAGGAAGAGCUGCGCACACUCGGCAAGACCACCAUCACGGCGGCCAGCUUCAUCGACGUCAUCAUCACUCGUCAGAUUGCAUCAGAAAAAGACUCGCGCGAGAGGGGCUCUCAGAGCUCAGACUCCUCAGGAAGUUUGUCAUCGAGCCGUUAUGACGGACAGAGCAGUGGAGCCAUCGAGGUGAUCAGCCCGGCCAGUUCCCCGGCUCAGAGAGAGGAGAAGAACGAACGGUCCUUCUCCUCAGAGAAGAACACUCAGCCAUCUACAGCUACUGUUAGAGGAUUCGAUAUUAGUCGCUUCAGGCAGCAGGUGGAAUCAGGACCCACAACAGCCCCACCACCACCACCUACACAAACUCACCGUGUGAUGACCCUGGCUGACCACAUCUCGCAUAUCAUAACCCAGGACUUUGCCAAGAAUCAGGACCCUCCUCCUUCCUCUAGCUCGUCCGCCUCCUCUUCCUCCAUAUCCUCAACAUUCCAAAACUCUGGAGCAGCAGGCAGCAGCGUUCGGUCCAAAGUGCCUAACCGCUACAGUCCGGAGAACAUCGUAAACCCCGCCCACCAUCAGAAGCCAGCCAGCCGAGUGUCCCCCGAGAACGCCUCGGAGAAAUCCAGAUCCAGGCCAGGUAAAUCCCCCGAGCGUGCCGGUGGCAGGUCCGUUGAGAGCUAUGAGCCCAUCUCCCCUCCACAAAACUACUCGGGACUGGAGAAACAAGAGAACAGCCUGCUUCAAAGCCAGAGGCGUGAACAGGAACUUGCAGAGCAAAGAACGGACUCACGCUCCCCGGGCAAUGGCAACUAUCUGCCUGCUUUCUUCACCAAGCUGGAGAGCACAUCCCCCAUGGUGAUGUCCAAGAAACAGGAGAUCUUUCGCAAGUCUGAUGUCGGGAAUACACAGCCAGGCACAGAGAUCUUUAAUUUACCAGCAGUAACAACCUCAAGUAAUGUGAACCUUCGGAACCACUCAUUCAGCGACCCAGCCAGCAACCUUGGUCUAGAGGAUAUAAUCCGUAAGGCUCUGAUGGGGACCGUAGAGGAGAGGUCAGAGGAGCAGAGUCAACAAGCUCAGUCUGUAGCUUCAGCUGUGGGAAACAACUCUGACGGGCGACAGGAGGCCAAUCCGUCUCCCAGCGCAGGUAGAUAUUCAGCGAAGCAGAAGCUCCAGAGCAAAGCGAGCAGUAGGAAGUCCAAGUCGCCCAACCCAGGCCAGGCGUACACAGGUGGAGAGCGACCCUCCUCUGUGUCCUCUGUACAUUCUGAAGGAGAAUAUCACAGGCAGGCUCCCAGCUGGGCUUGGGAAGACCGGCCCUCAUCCGCAGGUCCAAUGCAGUUCCCUUACAACCCUCUGACUAUGCGCAUGUUGAGCAGCACGCCUCCCACCUCCAUGGCCUGCCCUUCUCCCUCCAUGCAGUCCCAGCAACAACCAGGAGGAGGAGCCAACGCUCCGACCCGCGCCUGGGAGAGGGAGCCACCGCUGCUCUCGGAGCAGUACGAAACCCUGUCGGACAGCGACGACUGAGCUGGGCCGGGAACCUUGACCCUUUUGUCCUCCCUUCGACCCCCUUCCCCAGCCCCUCGGGUCACUGAGAAUCGUGUCCCUGGCGGGGCGGCCCAGCUAACACGCGUCCCACUCAGUGCUAACUUUGAGUAGGGAUUGCCUGGGGAGGCACACUCGCUUCUGGUGCUUUUAUAUUUCCUCUUGUGCUUGUAGAAAGCGUCGCGAGGGAGCCACGGCCUGAUCGCUCAGGAUAAACCGUGUCCAGAAGCUUUAUUUUGCCUGUUUGUGAACGAGCAAAGACGGAAAAAAAACAGAAAAGAGGAUGAAGAACUUGAAAUAUAAAGACUUGCUUCAAACGUGUUUAAUUUCUGUAAAGAAAUACUUUGUCUUUAAAAAAACAAAAAAAAAAACAAAUGUAUGUAAAUAGAGUAACCUUUUGCAGUGUGAAUUUUUAUUAUUUUUUUUUUUUUUUUCAGACUUCUUGUGUUUUAUUAUUACUUUUUAAAUCAGAUCCCUGCUGGUUUAAAGAUUAUACAGAAAGUUCUUGCUCUCAAAGAUGUGAAAAGUGUGGAUUUUCUCCCAUGGCAGGGCGCAGUGUGAACUUGAACCUGAAGCACCAAGGAGAGGAGAGCAUUUCAAUCACACAGCCUGCCUUUGUAGCACUGGAGGCACCAGGGUCACCACAGAUUUUUUUUUUUUUUGUAAAACAAGCAUUCGACCUGUUACAUGGGUGCAUGAUGAGAAAAAUAAUAAUAAUUUAAAAAAAAACGUUUUUUCAGCCCUGCAGAAAGAUCUCCAUUUUGGUUCACGUGAACAAGUUGAGAACACUGGUGUCAGAGCAGAAUGUUUUGGGGUUUUUUUUUUUAUUAUUUUCAGUGAAAGAUGAAAUAUAAGUUGAAUGUUUUCUCCCUAAAUACAUGUUUUGUUUUGUUUUUGUUUUUUUGCCUCUGUGGUGAAACUCGACCACGGUUCUGGUGUCUGCUUCAGAGAGUUGGCUCUGUGUGGUUGCUCGAUGUUCUGCUGUUUUAUUUCUUCUUCAUCUCUCUGCCAGAGGAAAGCUUGUUUCACUUUGGAGAGGUUCUUGGUUUUCUUCUCAUGGAGGAGAAAUCAAACUGUGAUCUUCCUUCUUUUCUUCUUCUUCUUCUUCUUCACAUUUUUCUUCUUUAAAAUGCUGAAGCGUUACAUGCUGAUCUGUCUGGCGAGAAAGGUAAAGAAAAAGGAGGGGAAAAAAAGCUUCUGUUUUGUCACACCUCUGCACCACUGUUGCACUUUUUUUUUGUUUUUGUUUUCGCUUACUAACUUUUGACAAGAGUUACUACCUGUAAUCUAAGUUAUUGGAGCUUCUGCAGAGGUCUGGACUCUUCGGCUUCGCUCACGUUUUUGCAAUAAUCUUCUCUUAUCACGGAAAAAGAUCUCCGGUCGCCGUUCUCCGGCUCGGUCGGACGCAUCACGUGAUCUUCGCGCUAGUCUAUGGUACAGUUUAAAAAAAAAAAAAAAAAAAAAAAGGCUGUUAAAGUUGCUGCUUCGUAGUGGUGGCUUUCACUUAGAAAUCAUCUUGAUGUAACAGACAAUAAGCUCCAUUUCAGUUACCUGCACAAAGUAUCGCUGUAUUUUCUAAAGGCAAGACCCGAAAAGGUUUCAAAUCCCGUAGUGCAAUUUUUGUUCGUUUUUCUUUUUCUUUUUCGCUUUGCUCAAGUAACUAAAAACCUGUCUGUUUUUAUUUUUAUUUUAUUUCUUGUUAUAUUUAAUUCGUUUCACUUCUGAGAUAUGAAAAAAGCCCUAGAGCUUAUGUUGAGAUUUAUUUUUUAUUUUUUUUUUUAUUAUUUUUUUUUUUUUCCAUCGUUCUCAACAUCAUUGUUAUUCAUCCUUUUUUAAUGGGAUGCAAAGUGUUUACAAUGGCAUUGACAGAGGAAAAAAAAAAAAAAAAAAAGGCGGUGAAACUUGAAUCUUAAGAAAAAAGAAAGUCAGUCAUUGCAUCAGUUAGUCUAUUUUUUGAGUCCGACACCAUGCAGUGGUAACUUUUUGUUUUUUCUUUUGUCCUUUUUGGAAUUGAGACUUGAAAUAACCCGUGUAUCCCAUGUUGUUGGAAAGCAAUGUUUGUAUCGCACAAUGUCUCUUAAGUAGCCAAUUACAAAAUUUUCAGACCAAUCAAUAAAGUGGAUUAGCGCUCCACCUUUUCUGAAAAUUUA